UGAUCAUAAUCCAAACCAUCGAGUUUCUAUAGCUAGCUAGCUAGGGAAGAAGAAGAUGACAAAUCUGAGAAUGACUUGCCUCUCGAUCACCAUUUUCAUUAUUUCUUUAACCUUGCUGCUUAACUGUUGUUCUUCAUCUACAAUCGUUGUCGGCUCUGUCUACUGUGACACCUGCUCUCAUCAUUACUUCUCCAAAUCCAGUCAUUUCAUCUCAGGAGCAAUGGUCGCAAUAGAAUGUGCAGCAGGAGGAGGCUUAAACCAGAACUUUACCAGGGUAUCACAGACAAACGAAAAAGGGGAAUUCCAAACCCACCUUCCCUUCUCUCCCAAAAGACAUGCUAAGAGAAUCGAUCACUGUUCCGUCAAGUUAAUCCACUCCGGCGAUCCCAAUUGCACAGUCCCUUCCGCCUCCGCCUCCGCCGCUUCACCGAAUGUACUCAUCCUCAAAUCAAGGAAAAACGGCGCCCGCACCUUCUCGGCCGGAGCCUUCUCCUUCAAACCCCUAAACCUUCCAAUUUCCUGCAGCCAGAAAGUGACGGAGGAAGAGAAUUUAAAUUCAAUUCCGGAUUCACCUGUUAUUUCGUCGCCUCCGUCGACGGCCUCCGGAUUCGGGGUUCGUCCUCCUUCACCGGAUCUAUUUCCAUCAAUCCCCUUUCAGCCGACGCCGCCGUUGAUCAGUAUCAAUAUUCCUCCAAUACUCAAUAUACCGCCAUUGACGAACGUCCUUCCUCUACCUACGUUUCCAUUUAAGCCUGUCCCUGGUUUUCCGGUGUCGAAGGAAAAUUCUCCGUGAACCCUAAUAGCUUCUUCCCGCCAUCAAUUUGAAAGCUCUGUCAUUUCUUUUUAGUAGGUUCACUUUUUGUGGCCUCUUGAAUAACUUGUUAUUUAUUGUCAAUAAUAAUAAGUCAUAUUAAUUGGAUACAA